GGUGUUUUUUGCAGCAAAGAUAAGAACAACAACAGAACAAGAUCAGAAACAAGUAUGGAAGCAAAAGGUGGAGAAGUUAGAAGGCUUCAUAUAAUCUACUUUCUUAGUCACUUAGGUGGUCAUGCAGAACAUCCUCAUCUUAUUCGUGUUCUUCAUCUUACUCGAAAUGGUGUUUAUCUUAGAGAUAUUAAGAGAUGGCUAGGUGAAUUGAGAGGAAAAGACUUGCCUGAAUCCUAUGCUUGGUCCUACAAAAGGAGGUACAAGAGUGGAUAUGUGUGGCAAGAUUUAAUGGAUGAUGACCUUAUAACCCCCAUUUCUGAUAAUGAAUAUGUCCUCAAAGGAUCACAAAUCCACACUACCCCUUUUGAAACUCAUUCAAUUAAUUCAGUUAAUGAAAAGAAAAAUGAUACUGAUAUACUUGCUGAGAAAGUAAAAGUUGAAGAGGACGAACAAAAGCGGCAAAACAAACCGUCUUUAUCAGACGAAAAAACUGAAAUUCAGAAAGAAACUGAUACAAAAAAGAAUAAUCUAAAUCAAGGGUCAUCAGAAGUAAGUCAAGAUUCAUUGGUUUUCAGCUCGGAUAGAUCAUCGGUGACCGAUGAUGAUUCUUGUUCUAAAGUUGAAGAAGAGAAGCUUUUAGGUAAUGGAAAAGAAGGUUUGAUUGAAAAGAAUCAUGAGAAGUUUGAAGCUUUCUCACUUCCUUCUUUGUAUCAUAACUUGAUGAGCAAGAAAGGUAAAAAAGUUGGACAUAAUAACAAAACCGAUACUACGCCUCCUGAUUCGAGGUUUUCUACUCCGACAUCAUCAACUUCAUCACAAUCUCAAUCUUCUUUUACUAAAAUAAGAAGCAAUUCUACAAGAGUUACUAGUGUGUUCAGAAAUUGGAUUGGUUGUGGAAAUGUUGCAACAAAUGAUGCUGCUUUUCUCUCUAUGAAUCUUGCUCAAAAAACUCUGUCUAAGGAGACUAACAAUGUGACAGAAAAAAGGGGUGAGAUUUGUAAGGGGGAUAAAUUGGGAGGGUCAGCUAGGUGUUUUGGGACUCCUUGGAAUUAUCAUGAUCAAAAUGAACAUUUUGGAGCCAGAAAAAGCUGUGAUGGAGAGGAAAUACACAGGGGGAGGAAAAAGCUAAGUGAGUUAAUGAGUCAAACUUCUUAUAAACCAUUUGGUGGACCAUUUUGCUCGCAAUGUGGGAAAUCAUUCAAGCCAGAGAAAAUGCACAAACACAUGAAAUCUUGUAAAGGAAUGAAAAGCAUGGGAACUUCAACUAUUGCUGAGGAAUCAACAAAGCUUCAAAGAUCAACUUCAUCAUGUAAAGAUUACCUUUUGCAAAAUUAAUAAAUGUGGAUGAUGAUUCCUUUUGAUUUCGCAUUAGAAGAAGCAUUUUGUUUUUAAGUCUUGAUGUAGCUUCUCACUUUGUUUCUUGAACUUUAUAAAUAUUCAGUUUGUCUCACUUUGUUUCUUUUU